GAGCGAGUGGAUCAGUGGAGCCGAGCAAACGUUCGCAGGGCGGAACUGCAGGCUAAUCACAGUCACACAGACUGCAUGCAAGACGAUUAUAACAUGACGGUUUUGCCAACUAUAAUUACGAAACUUUACAAUAAAUGGCUUUAAUAGAAGAAGUAGAUUCCAAUGGCAAAAGAAGCGGGUUGGUAAAUACUUUAAAAACUGAAGUGCGAAAAGAUUUUCCCGUUUAUAAAGCGCCGAUCAUGCAGCCAGAGACGCAGUUCAGCACAGACGGUCUGCCGAAAGCUUUUCUUCACAGCUUACGGACUUUAUUUGACAUUCUUGAUGAUGGGAGACGCGGUUACGUUCAUGUGUCUGAGAUUGAGACUCGGUGGAGAGGCGCGGAGACGCGGGAUUUACCGGUGGGUGUUCUGGAGAGCUUGCGCCGGGUCGCACCGCAUCACGGUUGCCUAACUUUUGAUCGUUUCGUGGCGGGACUCAGAAACUCUAUGCUCAAUCCGGAGAACAACAGCCCAGCGCCCGCCUCGACCCACCAGCAGCGACCCAAACCUCCACACAACCCGUCUGAGGGUAAAGUCCGACCGCUUGGACCGAGUAAUGGAGUAAACACACAGCACAGCCGGCAGAUGGGUCGGGACCGACAUCACGGACUCUCAGGUGCAGGUUUGGAGUGUUUAUAUCGCUCAGAGUCGAAUCGCAUCGGUAAAAAAGCGCUUCACUCCAGUCGGACUCGAGCCAAUGAUUCUCCUCUUGUCCAGAAAACAAUUGAGAGCGUUGGUCUGCCUCGAUCACAGAGUGAAACUGUGACCGGAUUCUUAAAGUCACAGCGACAUGGCAGGAACCAAGACAAGCAGAGACGCCACACACUCACAAACGGAGUGGAUUAUGGGAUGCUGAAGCAGAUGAAGGAGAUGGAGCAAGAGAAAGACUCUCUGCUGGCUGGGUUAGAUGUGUUGGACCGAGCGAGAGAAUGGUACCAGACCCAGAUCCACAACAUUAUGGAGAGCCAGAGACACAUUGGCCAGAGUCUCUCUACUGCAUCUUUGAAUGGAUCUUGUCAGAGUCGGUUAAACAUUCUUCUUCCCAAACUUCAAGACGUCACUCGCUGCCUCAGUGAUUUAAUUUCAUUUUCAGCAACGACAUCCCCUUCUGGAACCUUGACGUCCACCAGCGUUGCUCCUUCAGCCCCCAUUCCAGCACCUCCUCAAGCAAUCCACAUCCUGAAGGAGCAGAACCGCCUCCUUACACAGGAAGUAAGCGAGAAGAGCGAUCGCAUUGCACAGCUGGAGCAGGAGAAAUCUGCUCUCAUCAAACAGUUGUUUGAGGCUCGUGCUCGCAAUGCUCAUGAUAGCAGCGCACUCGACUCCACCUUCAUCUGAUCACCAACACACUUCUCUAUUACACACCUGAAGAACUUCUGGAGGCACUUUCAGUAAAAACUCUUUCGGGUGGAGAUCCAGUGUUUUUUUUUCUGAAUGGAUCUGAAGAGCUGCACAUGCUUCGUUUACAUAUGUAAUGAUCACUCCAACACAUUAAUGUCAUGUUACGUUAUUGAGCUGAGGACUUAAAGUGUAUUAACUAUUCUAUCUUGUAAAAUAAGAUUUCUUAAAUGUUUUUCAGUAAUCUUCUGUAUUAACAUCUGCACGUGAUAUUUCUGGUUAUUCUGAACGCUGUGAAUGUUUUUUUUUCCACUGAUAUAUUGGAUAUUUGUCUCUUAGUUUCAAGCUUGCGUGCCACCCUGGGCGAACCCCCUAUUCAGUGUCCCCCAACCCCACCACCAGUUAAUAAUUCAUUCAUACCAACAAGCACCUCUAAACAAAAGCUCACAACAUAAAUUGUUUCAAAGGAUUCUAAAUAUUUAAACCAUGUCUGUCUUACAUUGUUUUGGGUUAGAGUUAUCAAUUACAUCUGCCCAGGAUUUAUUAUGAUAGCAGGGCCACAGAGGUGUUCUUGUUAAAAGCCUGUAGAGGUGCAUUAAAUACAUUCUAACACAAUCCUAAUAAAUACAGUUGUGGUUUUUGGUUUA